CGACUAGGACAGGCUAGGGGGCCGAAUGCUGCAGCUAGGACAGAUUUCUGUAAGAAGGCUGUUAAUGCGAAUUCUGAUGUGAAAUGUGUGAAAGGGAAAAACUUAUCAGAGUUCCUGUGAACCAGUUUUUGCCUCGAGCAAAUUGAGCCUUGAUUUCAGGACAUAGUGAGCUAUAAAACUGUCUAGCUAGCUAUUUCUGUAACUAGUGAACUAUCCUAAACUAGUUAGCUAUAAAACUGUCUAGCUAGCUAUUUUUGUAACUAGUUAACUAUCCUAAACUAGUGAGCUAUUAAACUGUCUAGCUAGCUAUUUCUGUGACUAGUGAUCUAUUCUAAACUAUUGAGCUAUAUAACUGUGUAGCUAGCUAUUUCUGUGACUAGUAAACUAUCCUAAACUAGUGAGCUAUAAAACUGUCUAGCUAACUAUUUCUGUUAUUAUAGUGAUCUAUCUAAAACCAAGAACAAGAAGAUAGUAAUGUCGAACAUUUAGAUGUGAGAAUCGAAACACUAAGCAUGCUACUAAAACUAGUACUACUUUAUCUUUUCCUGGGUUUGUGCCAAAGUAGGCAGGAAGUGGUGGGGGGCGACUUCCCCUCCCAGGGGGUAAUCUAUCCCUUGAAGGGGAGCACCAACAAUCUCUACAAGGGUGAAGUCUAUUCUGAUCUACAUUUACAAGAGAAUCAUCAGCUUCAAGUUCAGAGAUUUCUACGCGAGCCCCCGGAUCAAACUGCAAAGAUUGGUGAGCAGGUGACACUGCCCUGUCGUGUAGAGAACAAGAAAGGGAAACUACAGUGGACAAGGGAUGAUUUUGGUCUAGGACAAGGCAGAGACCUUACAGGCUUCGACAGAUAUGAGAUGACUGGGAGUGACCAGGAGGGGGAUUAUACACUAAAUAUAUUUCCUGUUCAGCUCGAGGAUAAUGCAGUUUUUCAAUGCCAGGUUGGGGCAGCCCGAGGAAUUGCUCCAAUACGAUCAAGAUAUGCAACACUAACAGUCACGGUUCCCCCUGAGCCCCCUGUUAUACUGAAUGGAGAAGUACUGAAGGUAACUGAGGAUAGGCUUAUAACAGUUGAGUGUGUUUCAAAGGCUGGUAAACCGGCAGCAGAGAUCACGUGGUUGGACAGUGAUAAUAUCCCAAUACACCUUGAUGUGGAAACCAUUGUUGAGGUAUUAGAAGACGGUAAAAGGCAAAAUACAAUCUCUUUACUACGAAGAAAGGCAAGAAGAUCUGACAAUAUUAGAAAUUUAACAUGUGAAGCACAAAACUCAGCGGAAAGUAUUCCUAGUAGAGCAACAAUUCAGAUUCAUGUAGAAUAUGCUCCACAUGUUACUCUACAGUAUCAACCACAUAAACUACAGGACGGGGAAACUGUUACAUUUAAAUGUUCUGCUGAUGCGAAUCCUUCAGAUGUUACUUACAAAUGGUACCUGAAUAACCAAAUAUUAGAUGGUAAGACGAGUAAAACACUAACCCUCUCUCCUCUAAACCGAACACUGCACGCGGCAAUCUUGAAGUGCGCUGCGCGCAACAAAAUUGGACGUUCAGAGGAAACACAUACUCUUGAGGUUAUGUACGGACCUAGCUGGGUGGUUGAGCCAACGGACCAGGCUGGUCAGGAGAGAGAACAGGUUCAGCUAAUCUGUUUAGCGGACUCUAAUCCUAAUCCCAGAUAUUCCUGGUUUAAAGAUGGAGAUUUUGAUAAUAUUAUAAGCAGUUCCAGUAAUCUAACUGUUUAUCUCAACCUUCAGGCUCAGGGUAGGUACACCUGCCGGGUCUCUGUUAAAGGAUUUAGUGGCUUGGAGCGGUCAGCCCAAGUACUUAUUAAAGGUAAAUAUUUAAGAAAUUUUCUUUCACCAAAUUUUUCUUCUAAAAGUGAUUAAAAA